GGAAGGAGUCGUGCUGCCGCCUCGUCAGGCUCUGGCUGUGUCAGCCAUACAAUAUGCAGGGGGCGGGCUCUCUCGGAGACCCCGUACCUUGUUAUUGGUUGUAAUAAGUCCGUUGUGUAACGUACGCACAAUUUCGGGCACAUUGUCUGAAAAUGCGCAAAUAGAGAUAAUGGAGGCGGAUUUGGGUCUAGCGCCGCUACCAGAGGCACAACAAGCCACAUAGCCCGCGCCGUGAAGGAAAACACUUGGCUUAGGAUUCAGCUCUCUCCAUUGACUCAGUCCACAAAGAAAAAAGAUCUCCUGACGGUGUUUCCCAGGGAAGGCGGAAGCCAUCGGCAAGGAGGACAGCCGCUUUUUCCGCGUCCUGGCAGAGAAAGCCGACAUGUAAUGUCUGUGGAUAAAGUCUGUUAUUACAGUAACGUUACAUCACAGUACAGACGAUGUAGUCGGUGAACCACAAAGGAAUCUGCGGUGAAGCACACAGGAGCAACACGGAGCUGUGUUCUGGCAGCCAGGAUUGAUGUCUUUCAAGAUUUAGAGGCCAGCAGAUAUUUAACACCAGGUUCCCACACAGAUGUAAUCCACAUCAUCCUGGAUAGUCCUAGUCCUUGUGUGACCAAGAAAAGGAUUGGACAAAAUAAGCCCCAGCUUCCAGUCCUUGCAAAGAAUGGCUCAGGGGUGGGAUUCAUACUACCAUGAUCUUCCACCUCUAUCAUCAGAUCCAAGCACUUUGAGAAGGACAUCAGAGCCAGAGGGAAGUCUUUCCCAGCAUAUAGAGAACUACAUUGGAAAUCAUGACUUUCCUGGCGCAGUGGCUUCACAUGAAGCCUCUGCAACAAACUCAAACUUCAAUACAAACUAUUACUCAAAUCCCAGUAUUGAAAAUUCCAGUUCAGACUGUCUUUAUCAAAGAUACUGCAAGGAAACAUGGCAAGCUGAUGGAGAACAAAUGGAAAAAGAUUACUUGCAAAGAUGUGGAAAUAGUGACAUUUCAGAUUUUGCCACAGAUGGAUUACCAACAUCGGGAUCUUUUCCUUCAUCUUUUGCAAAUGAUUUACAUGAUCUAAAGCAAGACUGUGGAAUGCUAGCUACAUCAUUUCUUGACGAUUACUCAGAUGUCAGUAGCUGCUCGGAAGCAGAUGUGGGUGAAACGAGGCCCUCUUGUAAAUUCAUGGCAAAUAAUUCAGUUCCAAAACCUAAAACUGAUUAUGUUACAAAACAUAGCUCAUCAGAAUGGCUUUUCACUGAUACUGGGAAUGUGAUGCUUCCAACUGAGAGUCUGUGUCCUAAUAAAUCAGAGACUACUGUAAUUUUGCCAACUACAUCAAAUGCGUCAGCAGGAGAAAACAUAGUUGAAUGUGCACAAGACAAGGAGGAAAGUUCAGAAAAAGCUGUCACAUCCUGUGCAGGACAAGAACAGUCCUUUAGUACUUCUAACAUGGUGACAACGACAGUGAGUGAGACUGUUGGGGAUGGACGUGAAUAUGGUAAUUGUCCAGAAAGAAGAGGAAAGGAGCAUAUGAAGAUUAAUCUCACUCAAGAAAAAAAUCCAAGCAUCUCAACAAGUGGCCAUGAAAACUUGGCUGGUGAUGGAAUUGAGGAGUACCCAGAUGGCGGUGAGGAGGAGCAGGUUGCUGCAGCUGCUCCAAAUAUGACAACAAUGAACAAUGAGCAUGGUCUCCCAGAUGACCUAAGAAAGGAAAUGAAAGAAUCAUUCAACCAAGAAAAUGAGGGAUUUGAUAAUCCCAACUCCAGAGAUAGUCAAGAUAGAAAUAGUAAAGAGGACAUGCAGGACAAAAGUGAAGACCUAAAAAAGGAAAGAAAACAAUCAGGUUCAUCUGAAAAAGAGACAUUUGAUGAUAAGAAGUCUCCAAAUCCCAAUUUCGGUAUUGGCCAAGAUGAAAAUCCGGAAACUGACUGCCGGGACAAUGAAAUUCAGUCAGAUACCUGCCAGUCUUCAAAUCUCCCUGGUAUAAAGGUGUCCAAUUCUAAAGCUGUCACUCAUGAACUGAGGGAAUUCACAAGUACCUCGAAGAGUAUCAGUCAGGAUCAGAAAUCAUGCUUGCGGUUAUCUGAGCACCAGUCCCAUGAAAGUGUAGCUCAGGAUAUUUGUCAGAGUACUGCUGUAAUGAGUGAUGGUGAUUUCAGCAAUGCCAAUGACAAGAAUGAGCAAAGUGUUGCAAGUCUUUCAGAAACCUGCUUACAGCCAAAGAGCUCCAGCACAUACAUGAGUGCCUGUCCAGAAAAAGAAUGGACAAGUGCAGCAGAGAAGCCAGAUACCACAUAUUCUUCAGAUCCAGAUUGCAGUGAUGAUCCUGUUGUCACUAAAGGUAGUCCUCCUUUUGAUACUAGUGACAAGGAUGAGCAAGGCUUUGCUAGUCAAGUAGAGUCCUGCUUACUGCCAAACAGCUCAAGCAUAGACCUGAAUUCCUGUCUAGAAAAGGAAAUGACAAGUCAACUAGAGAGGAAAACCCCAACCUCUCCUACAGAAACUGUUUGUACUGACCCUCCUGUGACUAGUAUUAUGGAUGAUUUAGAGUCCUGUUCACAGUUUAACACAUCAAGCACAGACAUAAACCCCUGUCUAGAAAAGGAAUGGACAAGUUCCACAGAGAAUACAAAUGCAACCUCUUCUUCAGAUCAGCAACAGCCACUACACCAAUGUCCAGUGGCCCUACAACCAGGAGGUUUUCAUGGAGAUGUUGCUGAAGAUACAAGAGAGUCGUUAGAAAAGUUGGACACAUCAGCAGAGGAGCCGUCAGUGCUUUGCGAGCUGUAUGGGGAACCUCUGUCAAGAGAAGAUUCUUCAUGUGAUGCUGAUGAAAUAAACCUUGAUACAAGUCACUAUCAAGACACUUCUGUGGCCAGACCUGACAGUAACACCAUGAACUAUUCAGGGCAAACACCUCAACUCAUAUCCUCUCUACAAAUGAGGAAAUGUCUGCAGCCUGUCGUAAUAAUGAAGACCUUAGAGUUAGUAGAUGGAAUGAGUAACUCUUAUCAUUGCGCAGAUUGCCAAUACACAACCCACAAUGUAGAUCAUCUAAUAGAACACCACCAUUGUUUCCAUUCCGUGCACAGUUUCCAGUUUUGCAAGACUUGUAACCUCUACCUGCUAAGUGAUGAACAAGCAGAAAAACAUGUGUGUUGUGUAACCAAAGUAAGCCCUCAGCUCUCUUCAGAUUCCAGCAAACCGAAGAUCAGAAAACGUCGCGGGGGCCACAGGUGCAUGAAGUGCAGACUCAUAUUUUCAAAAAUACUUCACUAUAUCAAGCAUAUGAGGACUCACACUGGCAAAACACCUUUUAAGUGUAAUGGGUGUGGGUUAUAUUUUGCACAGGCUGGUACCCUGCAAAGACACAUGCGUACACCUGGUAGAUGCAAGCAGCCAAAACUUCCAGUCACAGAUUCUGAUGCCAUUAUCAAAGAAACCGAAACACCACCACAAGAGGACGUGGCACAGAACCAAACAUAUCUAAAUCUGCCCGAAUGUUACAUUAAGCUAGAUGACAUCUCCAGAACCCAUCUGUGUCGUUUUUGUGGUAAAUGCUUCCUAACUGCAGCCAAGGCCAAAAAGCACUACUACAACAUACACAAGGGAAAGAGUUUGGCAGUUUCAGUGCAGCAGUGUCAGUCGACCACAAAACUCAGUAGUGAGCACCCCAAAAAACUGGACAAUGAAACAACAGGGAAAUAUAAAUGUCCCCUUUGUCCACGCCUUUUCAAAUAUUCCUACAACAGGGCUCGACAUUUACGUGACUGUGUCAGAAAUUCAGUGUGUGGUGGCAAGGAAAAAGUUUCCGGUAAAUAUCGGUGUCCCUUGUGCCACGUGACCUUCACUUUAUCAUCUAACCGAUAUAGACAUAUUAAGACAUUUUGCCUUAGAGAAUGUCUGAAUCGGCUCGCAAAGGAGAGGGCAAAAUCAAAGGAACAGGCUGAACAGAAAAAAACUAAGGAAAUUGAGCCGAAAUUGCAGUCGAAGAAAAAUGAACAGAAAAAACAAGCACCCCCAGCUUUGACAGCCCCCGGCGUUGUACCACGCUACAGAUGCAAUCUUUGUCCAGCAGUUUUUUGUCAUGCAUCUGGAAAAUACAGACAUAUGAAGAAGCAUGAGCUGUUUAAACUCACUGGCAAAAUGUUCAAGUACAGGAAUUCAGUCUUCUCUACCUUGUCUAAACCCACAACUUUAAGUAGUACAAAGACUGAAGAGAAUAAGGAUACCCCAGAAUCCACUGAAGCAAAUGCCAGUCCUGCCUUGAGCUGCCGUUUUUGUGACAGUCGUUUCGCCACACCACAGUCACUGAUGAAACAUGUGCGUAGUCACCGAGGUGAAAGACCAUACCGCUGUGUGGAAUGUGGAAAAGGUUUCAAGAAACGUGCCUAUCUAAUUGGUCAUAAAAGCAUUCACCAGAGGAGGAUACAGUGUACUGUCUGCAGAAAGAUUCUUCCAACUAUUGGAGAACUGAUUCAGCACAGAAGUUCACAUCUGAAAAGGGGAAUGCUUCAGUGCCCAGACUGUCAUCUUCAGUUCCAGUAUCCUGCACAUCUCCUGAGGCAUCUACCCACCCACAAACCCAAAGAAAACAAGGCAAGUAAGCCUGAAGAGAGACCACCAUUAAAACCACAGCAGUCCUUGGAAUCCAUGAAAGAGCAGAGUGAACCAAAUCAGCUUCAGUGUUCCUUAUGCAAAGAGGUAUUUAAUGAUGCCCAUGUGCUAAGAAAACAUUGUCUUGCGCAUAUAACUGGGUCUUCAACAAACCAAUGUCCAUUUUGCAAACGUGAUUUUAAUAAUCGCCGCUAUUUGCUGCGCCACAUGCUCAUACACACUGGAGACAAACCCUUCUCCUGCACAAACUGUGGAAAACAGUUUUAUCGUGACUUGUAUCUUAAACUUCACAGUGAGAAGUGUGUGCCUGCUCAAACCAUUCAACAACAACUGGUCACAACUGAGUCCAACACUAAGCCAAAGGGGCCACAUCGGUGUACCUACUGUCCAAGGAGGUUUUUUAAGAGAAUGCGCCUCAAAAAUCAUCUCAGUGGCCACAAGGCAAACACUCUGCUUCUAUGCUCAAAAUGUGGGCAGUACUUUGGAUUUCAGAAAUUUAAACAACAUCAGAGCAACUGCGGAGAGACUACACAACUCAACACUGGCUUAUCAUCUCCAAACGGCGAUGACUGUAAAAGCACUUCACAGACAAGCCAGGUCUCUGUAAUGCCUUUAAAGUCCAAUGCAUCCAAGAUACUUCCCUUGAAAUGCUCUCACUGUACACAGAGGUUCAGGUACAGAUCAUUACUCUUGAGACAUCUGGUUUCACAUACUGGUGUGCAACCCUAUGCAUGUAUGCACUGUGGACACCGUUAUGGAAGUCAGACAAUGUGUUUGCAGCAUGAAGCUUUCUGUGAUGGUGUUUACAAAGAGGGGCAGUCAAAGGUCAAAGGUGAUACUGCACCUCAAUUGUCAAAGACGCCUACUCUCAGAGAGGCAGCACAAAAGCCCCAAGCAGAAGGUGCAGCUGAGUAUAAAUGCAAGUUCUGCACGAAGACUUUCAUGAAAUCACGAAGCCUGAGACGUCACAUUUUGACACAUAACGAAGUAAAGCCUUAUCGCUGUAAAGCAUGUGACAGCUGCUUUUCAAGGUAUGAUCAUCUGAAAGUGCAUCAGGCUCGCUGUAAAGGCAAAAAAACACGACUGGAAAUCCGUAUUCCCAAAAUCAGUUUAGAGGAUGUUGGCAGGGGUUGGCAAAAUAAGUUUGGCAUUGAGCCUGCUGAAAAGCAGGAGACGUUUGAGUGUGAAGUCUGUUCAAGGAGCUUUCCAUCUCAGUCUAAACUUUCCCGCCAUGUCACCUUGUUCCAUCUACCAAAAUUAUUCAAGUGCACAGGCUGUGGCUCGUCAUUCUCUCACGAAAAAACUCUAAAAAAACACAGGAAGAUGAGAAAGUGCAGAAGGAGCUCCAAUGAAACAAAGGCUGCCUUACCACAGAAUACUAAUCCACCUACAGAAAAUGCAGCAAACUCACUUAGAGGGAUGAGAAAAAGAAUUCUACAGCGUAUCCAACCCUACUUCAACAAAAAGCACAAGUAUGCAUGUAGUUAUUGCCCCCGUGCUUUUGGAAACAGCUGGCAAUUGAGCGUGCACAACCGCCUACACACAGGAGAGCGGCCAUAUGCUUGUGACUAUUGUGAACAGAGAUUUAUAAGGAAGGAUUAUAUGCAGCGUCAUGCCACAAAGUGCACCAAAAAAACAAGCAUUUUGACAGAAAAGGUGACAAAACCCACUGUUCCCGAAAGCCAGCAGUCAGCCUCUAAAAGCCCACCAAAAGGCUUUUCUUGUGCAUACUGUAGCUCCCGUUUCUUGCUAUUUUCACAGCUUCAGGAGCAUUUUCUAAAUGCACACCAGCUGGAAACAAAGGCUCCGCCACUGUCCUCUGCUCCCCUACAACAACAUCUGUCAAAUAUACCAAAAAUCAAAGAAGAGGUUUUGGAUGAGAGCUGUGACAAAAAGCCUAGUGAUGUAGGUACUAAUUUAACCUGUAAACUCAAUACAGCUCUUGAGAGCGAGGUCGCCAAAACAUUUUCCUGCCCAGAGUGCAAUAUGACCUUUACAAAUAAAGCUGGACUAACUGGUCAUCUGCGUGUACAUGCAGCAGGGUUUCCUUUUAACUGUAAAACAUGCAAGAAGGGCUUCUGGAAUAAAAGUCUUCUCCGUAAUCACAACAGGAAAUGUAGAUUUGGCCACAUUUCCGGAAGAAGUUCAACCCAAGAGCUGGAAGUCCCUUUAAAAGCAGAGAUUGAUCUGGUGCUGAAUGACUCUGUUCUGGUGUUCAAAGAAGCCUCCAAGUCAACUGGCACUGGGGUUUUGCAGACCAGCUUUUCCUGCAAAGAUGAGGUAAUGGAUGAAUCCCAACAAAAUUCAGAGGAAAAUGAGGGGCAAAGCAGCUCAAUUAAAGAGAAGAAAACUGUGCAGUACCAAUGUUCAGAGUGUGAUCAGAGCUUCACAGAUGGCCUAUUGCUUAUAAGUCACCUUGAAGCCCAUGGAAGAGAGGAACAAGCAAAAAAGCGCAAUGCAUGUAUUAAGUGUGGGAACGUGUUUUCCAGUCCAGGAAAUCUUGAAAAACACAUGAGGAUGCAUGGAAUUAAUAAAAAAUACUCUUGCCCUGACUGCUCCAAGGUACUGCCCACCAUGUCUGAACUUGAAAUCCACAGAACAUGUCAUGACCCAAAUAGGCCUUUUAUUUGCAAACUGUGUAAACACAGGUUUUGGACAAGACCAUCUCUAUGUAAUCACUACAGCGAAGCGCAUCCAGAUGAUGUUUUUAGGUGUCAGUUCUGUAACAAGGCCUACGCGAGCAAAAAAUCUGUGUCAAGACAUUAUAAAAAAUGGCAUCAAAAAGAGCAGAGGGACCUUUUGAAGACUGUACAGGAUAAGAGCAGCGCUGAACAACGAUCCAGCAGUCAAGUCAGUACAGCUGGUGAAAGCGAUGGGGAUGAAAAUAACGGCAGUGAGGACAGCGACUCAGACUCUGCACCAUACUUCCCAUGCCAUGUGUGUGGUAAGACAUUCCCAACAUCAGAAAGUCUUGAGGAUCAUCAGAGGUGUCACCUGGGUGAAAAACCACAUGAAUGUGCAGAAUGUGGAAAAUGUUUUUUCCAGGCAUCCCAGUUGCAGCAGCACCAACGAAUGCACAAGUCUGAAUUUCAGUGUCAGGCAUGCGGAAGGGGUUUUGUCUCACUCUUUGCUCUGCGCAAACACAAGCAUACCCAUGGAAAGAGCCGUCCAUACCGUUGUUCCAAGUGUGACUUCAGUUUUACAGGACCCACACAGUUGGCAGAACACAUGUCUAACCACCGUGAAGAGAACUUCCCAUGUGAUAUUUGCAAUCUUGUGUUUCUCUCCAAGACCAGUAGAGCUGAGCAUCGGAAAAGCCACUCUAAGUCAGGUGACUUCCCUGCACCAAUUUUAAAGGAAGAACGUGAGAAGUCUGCUUCACCUUCUGAGAGUUCAUCAGUGUCCCCCAGAGAACUGAAAUAUCGCUGCGGUGUCUGUGGUGAGCGAUUUAAAGACCCAGAGGAGCUCUCAGAGCAUGGUUGCAAUGCAGUCAAAGAGCGAGCAUACUCCUGUUCAGACUGCGAUAAACAUUUUCUGCAUGCAUCUCACCUGAAAAAGCACAGGACCACCCAUCAUCUAUCGUGGUCUAAUAGUGAAUAUCCAUGCUCUCAUUGCAACAGUAGCUUUUCCUCCUCUGAGCGCUUCCUCAGCCAUCUGAAGAGCCAUGUGGAUACUGCCGCAGAAACCAAACGUAACACUGAGGGUAAAGAUGGAGGUGUGUCACACAGUUUCAUGUGUCCAGUUUGCCACCAGUGUUUUGCCAGUGCCACUGAACUGAUUGGUCAUUUUCCCACGCAUCCUGGUGGUACCUUUGAAUGCAAAAUUUGUAAAAAGACAUUUCCCUCUGGAAGUAAGCUUGAAGAACAUGAGCGCAGUCAUGUGACAUCAGCUGCUGAAUUUGAAUGCAUAGUGUGUGAGUGUGGCCAGAGCUUUUUAGGAAGAGAUGCUUUCCGUCAGCACCACUGUUCCCAUCAAGAGCAAGCAACAACAGAGGCUGAGUACUCAAACCCAUCAGCUAAGACAUCCCCUCCAACUUAUCAAGCAGGAGAGGAGGAGGAGAUUGAUGUUACCGGAGAGGACUUGUACUAUUGCCCUGUUUGCUCAAUGCAGUUCAGCUCAAAAAGUGGUCUUCUGGAGCAUCAAAAUAAAGAGCACCGAAAUGAGAAGCCAUUUAAAUGCAAGCUUUGUGGAAAAGUGUUUGCCAGGAGGCGCUACCUCAGAGAGCACGAGCGAAGGCAUCGUCAAAAAAAUACGACUCAGCUGGCUGAAAACAAGUUCAAAUGUACCCAGUGCAACGCCGAAUUAAACACGGCAAAUGAUUUGUCUUUGCAUAUGAGAUUGCAUGCUGAAAAUGAAGUCGGAGAGUUCCGCUGUGAUAUGUGCUACAAGUCAUUCAACCAGUGGUCCCGUCUUAAGCAGCACCAAGAAAGUCAUGUCGGCCAAAUUGUAUAUGAAUGCACAGAAUGUGACAAAGCCUUCGCCUUUCCUCACCUACUGGAGGAACAUCAACAGACUCAUGCUGAGUCGUCUCAGUAAUGGUUGUUGCAUCCCAUCUACCUUAUCUCCCUUUUGAAUAACUAGCUAAUGUAACUUGAAGUUCCUUUCAUGCCUUACAUCUGACUGUGUACCUCCCGUUAUCACAAUUUAGAUCCUAUUUCUAUUUUUGGCCCUUGUUACAUAUUAACAAAGCUCUUGGCUAAUGUCAGAAUGACAGGGCAUCUCCUCCCGCGUUUCUAUUUACAUUGUAUAUAUUUUUAGUUCUAAUAUUGGAAUUUGUAUACAGUUAAUUAGCCAGAUAGUUUCUUGACAGUGUUUGUAAAUCUCUGACAAAAUUGUGUAAAGCUGUUAACAUUAAAUGUGAUGAAAACAGACAAUGCAUGAUGGGAUGAGAUGUUUAUGAAAAGUCUUGGAUAAAGGCUGAAAUUUUUUAUCAAACAUUAUGAUGUUUAGAUGUUUGACAUCAAUUUUCAAACAGUGGUAAGUCAGUUUUGCUGAUAUGAAAAAUAGACUUCAAACUGGUCAUUAUAAUCUUGGUAUUUUCUAUGACCUCAUGUACAAUAGAUAAUUUUGUAAUUUUCAGUUUAGCAUUUCUCUGUAUUUAUCAUGGGUUGCAUUUUUCAAGUUAAUAGUUUGCCAUUUUCUUGUAUAUACUUUUUGAAAUAUGUUCUAAUUGAAUAUUCUUUUCGCAACCCAAGGAUGUUACUUUCUUAAGAAAUUUAAGUUGAUGCAUUCAAUUAAGGAGUAAAGUCAACUUGAAAAUCCA